UUUCUGUUUGUUAAAUUUACUAAGAUUGUUAAUGUCGGAUUUAAAUAACAUUAGAACUUAUAAAUAAAGAACUUCUGUUCAAACUAAAACUUAAAAAUUAAAUUCAGAAAGGUUCAAUAUAUAUUUAAUAAAAUAAUUUUAGGCGAUCUCUGAAUACUGAUUUGAAUAAUUAUAUUCCUAAAUAACCGAUAUGGACAUAAAACUGUAUAAAAAAUGCCAAAAGAUAUUCCUUCAAUGAAUAAAAAGAUUAAGACAAAAGAGGAUCCAUGAGUACUGUAGCCACAUUAACUACUCUGAGCACUGACUUUUAUGUUUAAGAUGAUGAUCCUAUUGAAGAAAUGUCUUCUUCUAGUGAUGAAUCAUAGAAAAAUACUAAAUUCAAAACAGAAAUGUGUAAGAAUUGGAGUCUUCUUGGAAAAUGUAAUUAUAGUAAUAAAUGUUAAUUUGCUCAUGGAGAGAAUGAAAAGAUUACUCGGCAAUCUAAUUUAAAAUAUAAAUCUAAAUUAUGCAGAUCAUUUCAUUAAGAUUAUGUUAUAUCUAUUUGAUAUCAUUAGGUUUGUUUUUAUGGAGCUAGAUGUUAAUUUAUUCAUGAAAGCAGAAGCGUUGAAUAAAUUAAAAAAGAUUGCAAAUCUUAAACUAUUUUCUAUUAGCCAAGUUCAUUUUCUUUGAGAUUGAAAUCUCUACAAUCAAUCACAAAUGAUUGGAAGUAAUAAAUUCCACUCUAGGAAUGCUUUAAAUUGUGGAUGACCAAAUUAUUAAUUUAAAUCAAUUUAUCUUCAAGUAGUGAAUGAAGAUAUUUAUCGAUUUAUGAUUAUUUAUUUAUUAUUUA